CAGGACAGAUGGAAACCAGGCACCUGACCGUGUCCAUCCCCCGGGACCCCCACGGCCAGAACGGAGUCCUGGUAACUGGGGCUGACACUCUCCAGGACCUCCCACAGGGAGUGGGGACCCCCUUAGCUGGAGCGGGGAGGAGCAGAGGCGGUCAGGGCACAAGCCCCAGCUUCCCAGAGGGCGCCUGCACCUGUCCCCCUCCAGAUACCGGCAUCCAGGAGCACGAGACCUCAGCACAGCGCCUGGCCUCACCGGCCGGCUCGUCCCAACCCGCCGGGGUUCGAUGUCCCAGCCUCAGCCUCUGGAGCGGGGUGAGGACGCCCACCGCGCUGCGGGAACCGCAAGAGCCCGUCCCUGCGCUCAUCCAGCAUCACACGCCGGUGCUGCGCCUGGGUCCCGCAUGCGGGACCUGCUGUCCCUGGACCUGGGCUCCUCGCGAGCCCUGUGUGGGAAGCAGUAGAGGAGGGAGCGGAGUCUGGGGGCCGGUCCCUGCCGGCCGGUUCCUGGCAUUUUGCCCCCCCGCUCCAGGAGCCCCGAGAGGAAGGUCCCCCACUGUCUCCUUGCCAAACGCAGCAGCCGUUUCCCCCAGGGCCUCCGGGGCUUGGGGAAGAGGAGGCCGCCCUGGAGGCUCACACCUGAGCUUUCUGAGGACACUGAGGCCCAGAGCCGCUGACAGACUUCGGACGACACAGAGCAGCGGAGAGCUCCUGUGAUGCGGGCGUGACGGGGAAAGAGCAUCUGGGCCCUUCUGUGCGAGGACUGUGUGGGUGGCUGCCCUGCCAGGGGCCCCCAUGCCCCAGGCAAAGGCUGCUGCCCACGAGGAGACGAGGAGACUCAGGUCGAUCAGGGGCGAAGCGGGCUGAGCUGCACCAGCCAAGGCACGUGUGUGCGGCGGGGACAGGACUCACCUGGUGGGGACAGGACUCACCCGGGCACUGACCUCAGCGGUGGAAGAAUGUUCCCUAAGCAUUUACAUCUUCCCCAAAGAAAAACGAAG